ACCAAUUGAAGUUCCAAGGCCAUAGCUAGAAAGCAGAGCAUGGAAAACAACAAGGAAGAACAAGUAGACCAGUCGUGGGAACUACUCAUCGCCGUCCGAUCCCAGUCUCCGCUGAUCCAAUGCAUCACGAACUUCGUCUCCAUGGAUCUCAUGGCCAACACUCUCUUAUCCGCCGGAGCAUCACCGGCCAUGCUCCACACCCUCGAAGAAAUCCCCGACUUCACCCCUCAUGUCCACGCGCUCUGCCUCAACGUCGGCACACUCUCCGCCGCCUGGCUACCGGCCAUGAAGCUCGCCGCCCAAGUCGCCCGCCAGUCCGGCAAGCCUUGGGUUCUCGACCCCGUCGCCGCCGGCGCUUCCGGUUUCCGGUUGAAAGCUUGUUUGGAACUCGUCGAGCUCAAGCCCACUGUCAUACGAGGAAAUGCUUCCGAGAUUAUCUCCCUCGCCAACGCCACCGUGGGACCCACCAAGGGUGUAGACAGUUCCCAUGAGUCCAGCGAUGCAGUGGAAUCGGCCAAGUCAUUGGCUCGGUCCAGUGGCGCCGUAGUUGCAGUUUCCGGAGCUGUGGACUUUGUCACAGAUGGGGAGAGAGUUGUUGGUGCUCACAAUGGGGUUGCCAUGAUGACAAAGAUUACGGCAACAGGGUGUUCUGUCACUGCUCUUGUUGCUGCCUUUGUUGCUGUUGAUCAGACACAUGUUCUGGAAGCUACGGCUGCGGCAUUGUCCCUGUUUGGGAUUGCGGGAGAGAUGGGAAUGGAGAAGGCUAAUGGUCCAGCAACAUUGCGGAUUCACUUGAUAGAUUCACUCCACGGACUGGAUGAAGCUUGUGUGCUUUCUCGUGUUAGAAUCACCAGCUUGUCGUGAAGAAUGAGGAGCUCUUUACGUGGUUUGUAUAUUGCCUAUAGAUUUGCGUUUUUUUUCUCUGUGAGUUUUCGUAUAGUGAGCCAUUGCAUGAAUGAUGAAUAAAUAGACUGUACUUUGUUCAUUGUCCUGAUACUAUUUAGUGGCAAUAAGUAAAUAUU